CUGACCUCGACAAGUAUUCAUCUUCCUUCCCCAUAAGCCCUGCAUUAUGAACUUCUUCGAUGCAGCCUUCGAGGCUCCGGCAGCGUCGCCUACACCACCACCGCAGGCUGCCCAGCCGCAACAACAGAGCCUGAACGAAGAGGUGUCUGAAGUGAUGGGGCAGCUCGGGAAGUUCUGGGGUGGAUUCAGGAAACAGAGUCAGACAGCUUUGGAAGCGGCAAAGAAGGACUUGGGCGGUUAUGUGGCACAAGCGCAGCAGGAGCUCACGAAGCUUACGGCGGCGGAGAACACGACUGGAGCAGCAGAAUCUUCUACGACCACAAGGGAUGGAGGCUCUGAAUUGUCUGGGGAUGCUGGCGAAGCCUCUAUAGCAGGGCCUUCAUCCACAUCAUCUUCAUCGUCUUCAAUGACUGCAUCGACCUCCACCCUCCCCGCACACGACUCCCCUGACUCCCCGGACCCAUCAUCAUCACAGUCACACCAACGUUCUCAAUCCCAGAACUUCUUCACCCGCCUCCAAUCCUCCAUCCCCCCCGACUUCCUACAGAAAGUCCAACAGAACCUCCCAGAGCAACUUCGGCACGCUCCUGAACGCGUCGACCUCGCCCAGCUCCGAACUGCCCUCUCCGACGAACUGCAGCGCGUCAAGUCAAGCGCGGCGGUGACGGCUGCGACGGCCGAGAGUAGGGAGUUUUUGAGAGGUGCGACGGAGUUCUUGAAGGAGGCUGUUAAAGUCGUGCCCCCGGAUGAGGCGAGUGCUUCUAGUGGUUCGGGCGUGCAAGGUAUUAUGUGGGACGGAAUGGACGUAUGGAUGAUACCCAUGAGUUCAGGUGCAGAGACACCUACGUCCGCGGCCGAGGGACAGGAUGCAGGAGGGUCGAAGGCGAGGAAGAGUGGGGAGGUGAAGGCGAUAGCGACGAGGAAGGAGGCGAUAUUGAGGACUUUGAGGACGAAUCCGGAUAUUUUGAAGGUCGAUCCGAGGGCGGAGCCGAGGACGAAGGUUUUGUUUGAGGAGUGGGAGAGCAAGGACGUGGAGAGCUUGGAGGGUACGGUUCAGGGAGAGGCUUGGAUUGAGAAGAUACAGAAGGAGCUGGAGACGGAUAUGAAUGCAUUGACGGCGACGAGGGAUACCUUGACAUCACAGGAGGGCCCAGCAUUGACUGAGAACGAGUUCUGGAUGCGAUAUUUCUUCCGCAAAUACCAAAUUGAGCAGGAUGAAGAGAGGCGGAAGGCACUCUUGGAAGGUUCUAUUGAACAAGAAGAGGACAUCGGCUGGGAAGACGAUGACGAUGAGGCUACCUCUCCCACAGCUACCGGCCCCUCCCGCAAUCAAUCUCAACAAGAAGAAGCUAAAUCAGAAGCCCCCUCUACGACCGCCAUCACUGCAGGUGAUUCCGCUGCCCCUUCUACAGAGCAGCAUCUUCUCGCUCCCGCUACCGCCAGCACUCCAGGAACCGGGAGUCCAAGGGAGAGUAGCGAGGAGAGUUACGACAUGUUGUCAAGCAGUCGCACAAGUAAUGUUGGAGAACCUCCUGUCAAGGUUAAGGAGAGGGCGAGGAGGACGGAGGAUGAUGAUGAUGAUAGUGGGAGUGACUGGGAAUGAUGGACGAAACUAGUGUGGCGCGCCAUAGCAGAACCCUUAUGAGUAGUCUGUAUGAGUAUGUGUUGUUGUUGUUUUGGAUGACGGCGUUGGAUGGAAUUUUGUGUAUCCGAUGUGGCUUACGACCGAUAUAUACUAUCAUGACCUAUGUACAA